AUGUUGCAAAGAGCUGAUCAAGGAGGUCACAAUUUAUUCGUCGAUGGAUUUUAUAUAGCCGAACAGAUGCGCACUCAUCAUCAAAAAGAAUUCGAAGUGUUAAGCCGCGUUAACAUCGAGUAUAUCGAGCAAGGUUACGACAGCCACCCAAUGGAAAACGGCGAAUUAGAGACGUUUCAUUACGAUAUGGCUGCGAAACAUAGAGUUAUUUGUACUGAUUCAAAUGGUCACGUGAAGAAGAUUCAAUUCGGGAAUGCAAUGCGAAGUUGGCUCUAUGACUGUCACGUUGACGAGAUUCAGUCCGUUUAUCGUGCUAUGAAACUUUUCACUGAACUCUGCUACAGACCCGAGAAUAUUCUCGAGUUACAACUUCAGAAUGGUGAUACAGUUUUAUGGGCCAAUACCAGGUUGUUGCAUACCCGAACUGCGUUCACCGCUUCAGCGGAAAGACCUCGAACGCUGAAAGGAUGCUACUUCUCAUGGGAUAUAGUCAAAUCACGUGUACGCCAACUUCGCGACAAACUCGCUCAUCCGUUAAACCAACCUUGUGUUUGA